AUGUCUCAAACAGCAACAUCCCAAAGCGCCACCCUCGUCACCGAAGACGAGGAAGAAAACUGGACUUACACCAGUGACAGAGGGGUCACAAGAUGCUCAUGCUGUGUGAAUCCUUCAUCGCUGCUUGAGCCCAUCGACCUUUCCGAUAGGCACGACACCAGUCUCCUCGAUGAAAACGAAAACACUUUCUGUCUCUGGCCGCUUUUCGGUCCUAUACUGUUCGAAAAUGAGAGUAGCGACUGUAGAGAUCAUUGCGCGAACGAGAGAACGUUCCUAUCGUUCCUUCGCUUGUCCAUUUACAUGGCUAUCGUUUCCGUCGCCAUCGUGCUCUCGUUCCACCUUCGCAAGGCAGCUAGCGAUGUGGAGUUGCGGAUGGCGAAGCCGUUGGGCAUCAUUUUCUGGGGGCUUUCUGUCUCUUGCCUUGGUGUAGGAGUGGCCAAUUAUAUCCAAACCGUGAACAAGUAUAGCCGUAGGGCAGCAAUUGUACAGACAGGUUGGAGAACACAAAUCGUAAGUACAUAG